AUGACUACGACACAAUUGGACCAUUCUACGCCAAGCAACGCUCAAUCCAGACCCCGCAGCCCAGACACAACAGGAUUCGACCAAGCCAGACACAAGAAUCACGGAACUUCGACGGAGACGACUGCGACACCGCUGGAUGCACCCAGGGCCAGUCCGUCUGCCAGCAACGCAAUGCCAGACACACACGGGAAUCCGGGAAGAGACGCGACACCGCGGAGCCGGAGGAACACGGAGCGACUGACACCGCGGAGACCGGGCCAGCCGCGCCACACGCAGCCGACACACACGGAAUCCGGGAACUCGACGGAGACGACUGCGACACCGCGCCAGGCAGCCCUGCCACAACAAGCCGACACACACGGGAAUCCGGGAACUUCGACGGAGACGACUGCGACACCGCUGGAUGCACCCAGGGCCAGUCCGUCUGCCAGCAACGCAAUGCCAGACACACACAGGAAUCCGGGAACUUCGACGGAGACGACUGCGACACCGCUGGAUGCACCCAGGGCCAGUCCGUCUGCCAGCAACGCAAUGCCAGACACACACAGGAAUCCGGGAACUUCGACGGAGACGACUGCGACACCGCUGAUGCACCAGGGCCAGUCCGUCUGCCAGCAACGCAAUGCCAGACACACACAGGAAUCCCGGAACUUCGACGGAGACGACUGCGACACCGCUGGAUGCACCCAGGGCCAGUCCGUCUGCCGACAAAUCAACGUCAGACGUAAGCAGGAGUAA